GUUUUUAGGGCCCCAAAAUUUAAAAUAAUUUCUAGUAUAGUGGUUUAAACUUAUUAAAAAAAAUAUUUUUACGAAAAUUAAUUAACUCACUUUUUGAAUUCAUGUAUUUUUUUCUAUAUGACAUAAUAUAUCAUAUUUACGUUAUAAACUUAUUCUUUUAGAGUAUUAAACUUGUGUAUUUGGUGAAAAUAAUAUAUUAUAUUAGAAAAUUGUUUUUAUUACGGUUAUAAAUAAAUUUAUUUUUAAAACUUGCCUUAGGCCCCUAAAAUUCUUCGCACGGCACUGCGCUCAACAUCUUCAUUCUUUCAGACAUUUUCUUGUUUCAAGGCUUUAGUCAAAUCAGAUCAAGAUACUAGAUUUGGUAGGUUUGUUCAUAGAGUUUAGAGUUAGUACAUUGAGAGAGACUUUCGAGCCACUUGUGUAUAGAUAUGGUAAAGGUUCUUUUGGUCCGAAAGAUUCGUUGAUUCUUGAAUCUUUGGUGCCUUGAGAAGUUUAAUUGGAGUAGCUAUCUUUCUCAAACCACGAACGUGGAUGUAUCUGAUCCUCUUGAAUUAAGAGAAAUAAUAUCGAUAUCAUCUAGAUUUUUCUCUUUAUCCGUGCAAAUUGUUAAUUUUGGUGAAAUAUCUUUUUUCAAAUGGGACCUUAAUGAUUGAUUGAUGUUCUUCCUGUUAAUCAUACGUGUAUUAAUAUAAUCUUGAUAUCAUAUGAUGGGAUAUUUUUCUAUAAAACAUUUCGCUAUCAUGUAGAUUUUAAUGCAUGAACCGGGACAAACUUUUAUAAGUAAAAUAAAUUAAAAAAGAUUCUUCCUAAAAGUGGUCAAAAUGAAGUGGUAGACUGAUAUUAUUCUACUUGUAUAGUUGUAUCACUUUCAUCUUAUAUACUUUUUUUUGGGUUCAAAAUUAAGCUAUGUAAUUUGAAUAUCGAUUAAUUUUUAUACCAAUAAUUUUCCUUUUCAUGCUCAAUUUUGGGUUAAAUAGGUUGAAUCAAUUUACAUGAUAUUAUGUAUAUUAUCGACCUCAUCAUUUUGAAACAAAAGAUCUUUUGAGCAUGAAGUUCACGACAAUUCAAGUGAUGGAGAGAUGAGCUUACUGGUUAGGCUUGGCGCAGCCUUUGGUUUGGGACCUAAGCUCUACAAUCUUUUGCUAAUAAGCCUAAUGUACAGCUUGACACAGCAGAGAUGGUCUCCAUGCAAUUAAGACACUUAACGUGUAUACACAUUGUUCACUCAUCAGGCUAUAGAAUAUUUUCUAUUCGACCCCACCACUUUGUAAGUUAUACACAAAGACCCUCUUCUUUUUUUUUGAAAUACAAAUCCUCCUACCGCCACUAUUUAUUAUCUAAUUAAUAUAAAUGAUAUUUUUCCCUUUACGACUUAUCCAGAAUCCAAAUGAACAGAUUUGUAAUUUUGUUUGUCAGAAAAUUUAUAAAUAAAAUCCAGUUUGACUAGAAAAAUAUUAUUAUCAAAAAAUUUCUCCUUUCGGACAAAGGCCUCGAGGAGACAAAACUGAAGUCUCCGACAUCAAUCCUUUCGAGUGAAUAAAAAAAUAUAAAAAAACAAAUCAAAUAAACGAAAGGAGAAGUUUCGUUUCUUCGAGACCUUGAAUCGUUUAGAAGAUUUUGGUGAUAAAGGAUGAAGAUUCAGUGUAACGUCUGCGAGACGGCGGAAGCGGCGGUGCUAUGUUGCGCCGAUGAAGCUGCGUUGUGUUUGGCUUGCGAUGAGAAAGUUCACACCGCUAAUAAACUCGCCGGGAAACACCAGAGAGUCCCUCUCUCUGUCUCUUCCUCUUCCAAACCCAAAUGCGAUAUUUGUCAGGAAGCUACUGGAUUCUUCUUUUGUCUGCAAGAUAGAGCUUUGCUAUGUAGGAAAUGUGAUGUAGCAAUCCACACUGUGAAUCCUCAUGUUUCAGCUCACCAGCGGUUUCUUCUUACUGGGAUUAGAGUUGGUCUUGAAUCUACUACGGACACAGGUCCUUCUACACCUUCCAAUGAUGACAAAACCAACGAGAGGAAACCACCUACAUCUGAGCCUCAGAAGUUGGACUUAGAUCAUCAUAAUCAUCAGGUGGGUUUACCGGAAACUAAAGUGAGUGAUCACAUUUCUACAAAGCUUCCUAUUGCAAGCAGUGGAUCAGCAGCUACUGGAAGCAUUUCUCAGUGGCAAAUAGAUGAGAUUUUCGGAUUAACCGACUUUGAUCAGAGCUAUGAAUACAUGGAGAACAAUGGAUCAUCUAAGGCGGAUACUAGUAGGCGAGGAGAUUCAGACAGUUCUUCAAUGAUGCGGUCGGGAGAGGAAGAUGGAGAAGAUAACAGUAACUGUUUGGGAGGAGGUGAGACAUCAUGGGCAGUUCCGCAGAUUCAUUCUCCACCAACAGCUUCUGGUCUAAACUGGCCUAGACAUUUUAACCACCACUCGAUGUUUGUUCCGCAUUUAUCUUCUUCAACUCAUAACACCGGUUCAUCCCCUAACCAGAGGGUUGGGAAGCGAAGACGGUUCUAAUAACUGCAACUCUCUAUGUAGUCUCGCUUACAGUUACAUCACAGUCAAUGCUUAAGAUUUCUCUCUAGAGGCUUCUUUACUAAAACUAGUCACCAGGAAACAUUUCUCUAUGUAUCACAAAAACAUUACACAGCAUUUGUCAGAAAUCAAUUAAUUUAUUUUGCAUUUUAUUGAAUUA